AUGAAUUCAUAUAAAAAAUUACAAAAUCCAACUAUUUCUGUACAAGGUAAUGGUAAAAUUAAACCAUUAUCAUCAGACACGUGCUCCACAAUUGCUUCAUAUUUAAUGGAAUAUAAUGUGUCUGAUGAUAUUGAAUUUUCAAGAAAAGCUAUUGAAUCAUUAAUUAAAAAAUUAAAAGAUAACUCAUCACAAUUAGAUGAACUUAUUAAUUCUAUUUCUUCUAAAGGAUCAAUUACAACAAAAUGUAUAACUAUACCAAGAACAUUAGAUGGUAGACUUCAAGUUGCUGGAAGAAAAGGUUUUCCUCAUGUUGUUUAUGUUAAAACUUUUGUCUAUCCAGAUGCUUCUAAAAAUGAUCUUAAACAUAAAGAUAUAUGUCAAAAUGGUUUUGAUGAAAAAACAGAACAAGUUUGUGUUAAUCCAUAUCAUUAUGAUAAAGCAUGUAAUUUUUUAACACGAAAAGAAGAAAGAGUACCAUCAAAUGAAAGUAUAAUGUCAACAUCAUAUAUUAAUUCUACUUCAACUUCAGUAACACCAACUAAAAAUGAUUCAAUAGGAUCAAAUAAUAUUUAUUCUUAUUCUCAAACAACUACCUCAUUUCAAUUACCUUCAUCAUCAACAUCAACACCUUCCACAAGUACAAUAUCAAUAACUAAUUCUUUUUCACCAUCAACAUCAUCAACAUCGCAACAACAAUCUACUAAUAAUCCAUCAAAAUCAUUACCUAUACCACAAAGUAAUUAUACAGAAACAACACCAUAUCCAUAUAGUAUACCACCAGAUGAUGUACCUAUAGCAUCUAAUUUAACGGCAAAAGAUUCUAUAGCAGCUAAAAUUGAUAAUUUAGAACCAUCACAAAAUCAAAGAAAAAAUAUAUCACAUGAAAGAAGGAAAGCUAAAAAAGAAAUGGCAAAUUAUAUUGAAAAUAUAAUAAUAUCAAAUGGAUGGGCUGAAUUAGUAACACAAGAAACAUCAAAAAAAUUAUUAAUUGAUGAACCAUUACCUGAAAUACAAUUAUCAAUAACAUAUUAUGAGUAUCAUAAAGUUUUAUGUGAUACAGUUAAUGUUGAUAUUAUACCAUAUUAUGUUGAUGGUGGUCUUAAUAUAUCAUCAAGAAAUCGUUUAUGUUUAGGUGCUAUAACAAAUGUUCUUAGAGAAGUUAGUACAGAUAAGGUACUUCAAUCAAUUGGUAGAGGUGUACGUUUUGAUGUCAAAGGUGAAGGUAAUAUAUGGAUCUCAAAUCUUUCAAAUCAUCCAGUUUUUGUACAAAGUAAUUAUUUAGAUGGUGAUUCUGAAACUGGUAUUGUUUAUAAAAUAUCACCAUUAGCUACAUUUAAAGUUUUUGAUCUUGAUCAUUGUUAUAGACAAUUAAAAAGAAUUAAUAUGUAUAAAAAUUUAGCUGAAGCUGCUGAAAAUUUUUCACUUAAUGAACGAAGACAUAUUGAAGAAAGUAUUAGUACAACAUCAUUAACUAAAGCUAUUGAUACUGGUGUUGAUGAUAUGCGUAAUAUAUGUUCAAUAAAAUUAUCAUUUGUUAAAGGAUGGGGUGAAGGAUAUGGAAGAGAAAGAAUCUCUGAAGUUCCUUGUUGGAUUGAUGUUACUGUUAAUAGAGCACUCCAAAUAUUAGAUCAUAUAUUAAAUUCUCCUAACCUCAAAUAA